CUGGAGACACUCAUCCCGUUACAACAGACUAGAAAAUCUCCCGCAACUAAGGGAAAAAAAAAAAAAAAAAAAAAAAAACAGUAGGCCAAAACAGAACCGCCCUCUGCCUGGGAAAAACGCGAAUCUCUCUCUCUCUUUUCACGAGAGCCAAAACGAAAACUGCGAGAAACAAAUCGUUCUAAAAAACGGAUCCAAAAGGGCCAGAACCUGAUUAACAGAAAACCCUAACCCUAGCCUCGACCUGUACCCCCCUUCUUUAUCUUCUUGUUCUAUCUCCCUUGUCGGUAUUUGUUAUUGGAAAUAGUGGAAGAUUAGGAUUAGGGUUAGGGUUUCGGUGAUGGAAUGCGGUGGUGGUGGCGGCUGUUCGUCAGGGCGAUGACCGGUGGGCGAUGUCACCGACGGAGGAAGAUGAUGGGUAGGGGUGCGGACGGGGGUUGUGGGACAGAGGAGAAGCCGUGCCCGGUGGCUAGGGUUCCGGCGAAGAUUCCGGCGAAAUUGCCGGAGGAAGGGUCUUCAGUGGGUGUUGAUUUCUUUGCUCAGGCAGAAAAGGUGCUGUCGGAGCGGUCACCUUUUGACGCUGAGGAUGCUUCCGCUCCUGCUAUUCCCACACUGCCAGCUUCAUUGGCGGGUUUCCUUUCCAAGCACUCGGAUAGUCGGAAGCGGCACAAGAAGUCUCAUUCCGGGGUAGAUGCCAAGUCUUCAAAGCUCGAUCGGUCACGGAGUUCCAAUAUUUGGGCGGAGACUGAGGAAUACUUCAGAGACGUCACGUCGGAUGAUAUUAAACGUUUGUUUGACGUGUGUUCAUUUUGUUCUUCAGCUGCUAGGAAGUGCUUCUUUAUUCCAUUUUUGGGAAAUGCAAAGGGUUCAAUUACCGUUAAUGGUGACGCUGCUAAUGGAGCAAAAUCAAAUGCGAAUAGUAAAGAGGGUGGCUCUGAUAUUUUGUUCCUUGCUAAAGAAGAGCAGAAGGAUGAGGGUUUGCAGUCAAUGGAGAUUGCUGCUGUAGCUACUGAUGUGUUGCCUCAGGAAGAAAAAAAUUGUUCCGUGUCGCAGUCUUUGUCAUUGUCUAAUAGUCUAGAGUGGCUUUUAGGUUAUAGGAAUAAGAUUUUCGUCACAUCAGACCGGUCAAAGAAGCGAAAGCUUGUGAGUGAAGAUGGGCGAUUGGAGAAACUUCUUGUGGCCCAGCCUGUGGAAGGAAACUCAUCUUUGUGCCAUUUUUGCAGUCUUGGUGACAUGGGUGAUGAGUUGAACCGAUUGAUUAUUUGUGGCUCCUGUAAUGCUGUAGUUCAUGAGAAGUGCUACGGUUUGAGGGAGGAAGUGGAUGGGUCUUGGUUGUGUUCUUGGUGCAAGCAUAGGAAUUGUGUGGGGAAAGUCUUGGGAGCUGACAGCAAUGAUCUCUCAUUGAAGCCUUGUGUGCUUUGUCCAAAGCAGGGUGGUGCUUUGAAGCCCAUCUAUAACAGUGUUGGAUCUGUGGAGUUCGCUCACUUGUUCUGUUCACAGUGGAUGCCUGAGGUCUAUGUAGAGGAUACUAGGUUGAUGGAACCAAUUUUGAAUGUCGAUGGAAUAAAGGAAACUCGUAGGAAACUAGUAUGUUAUUUAUGCAAGGUUAAGCAUGGCAUGUGUGUCCGGUGCAGUAAUGGAAUUUGCAGAACUUCCUUCCAUCCUAUAUGUGCAAGAGAGGCGAGACAUAGAAUGGAAAUUUGGGGAAAAUUCGGCUGUGAUGUAGUUGAAUUACGGGCUUUCUGCUUGAAACAUUCAGAAGUCCAGGAUACUAGCAGCACUAACCAAUCAUUGCAUUCACCUGUGGCUGUUGGCAAUAAUCCUUGUGUAGUCAAACACGCCCCAGUGACUUUAUCUUUGAUCAAGCCCCACAUGUUCAAGGUUGGCCACAAAAAUGGGGAUAAAAUUGCAGUUCAUAUGGAAAGAAGCAGUACUAAUUCUGAUAAAAUGGGCAAAAACAAAUUGCAAGAAAUAGGGAUAUCUGAUAAUCAAACAGUAGGUGGACUUCAGCCAGAAUGUGGUGAUGCAUGUGACCUUCCUAUUAUGGAGGCAGUGGAGAGAAAUAGCAUUGAGGAGGUUAAUGCAUCAAAUUUCCCCAAUUUCGCACAUACCUUGAAGAAGCUAAUUGAUCGAGGGAAAGUUAAUGCAAAAGAUGUAGCAUUGGAGAUUGGUGUUUCACCUGAUUCAUUGGCUACAACACUUGAUGAUGAUAGUCUGGUUCCUGACUUGUGCUGCAAAAUAGCCCAAUGGCUCAGAAAUCAUGCUUUUAUGGGCUCUUCACAGAAAAAUCUUAAAGUUAAAGUAAAAUCUUCAAUUUCAUCGAUAGCUGAUAUAAGAGCAGAUGAUGGUUCUGGUGCUGUUCCAGCAUCUGAGUCUGACAUCUCAGGUAUUUUUCCUGUUAAGUCAGUACUGCCACGGAGGAGAACCAAAAAUGACAUGAGGAUUUUGAAGGAUAAUAUAGGACUAUGCUCAUCUAAGGAAAUGUUCAGUGGAAAUGGAAUGGUGACAGACGAGGUCAAGACAGAUCAAAAUGGCGUGCAGAAUAAUUCAAGCAAACAUUCUAAGGAAAUGCUCUGUGGUAAUGGAGUGGUGAUGGACAAUGUUAAAACAAAUCAAAUUGUUGGGCAAGAUCAGUAUAGUAAAGAUUCUAAUCAUAUUGCCAAUCAAAAGAGUUUGGUCGAACCCGUGGAGUUUCAAGAUUCUUUGUCAAUGCGGUCACCUAAAUCUGAAGGUAUUCCUGUUAAACCACAAAACUACAGCUCUGAAACUGACCAAGCAGGGGAGGCUGGUAUUCAUGCUCAGAGCACUUCGCUGAUUUCAGAUAAUGGAGGUUUUCGUUGUUCAGUUGCUGGGGAUUCAAUUGUCCCUGAUCUCAUAAAUGCAGGAUCAGAGUCUAGUUCUUAUAUUCACCCAUUUAUUCAUGAAAAAUUGAUGCAAGUUCCAGAUGGGGUGCUUGGUUCUAGAGAGAGAGAAUUUUCUUCUAUGGAGGCGUCUUCAAGUGCUGGUGUUUGUUGUUAUCACCGAAAUCAGCAUUCAAGUCUCAUGGACAAGAUUAAAAUAUUUGAUGGAGUACAUUUAGAACAGUUGGUUAAGGCUAAGAACAUGGGAAUUUUAGAUUUGUCUCCGGAAGAUGAAGUGGAAGGGGAGCUCAUUUAUUUUCAGCAUAGACUGCUAAACAAUGGACUUGCUAAAAAAUGUUUCAUUGAUGAUUUAAUUUGUAAAGUUGCAAAGAGUCUACCAGAGGCAAUCCAUGCUGCACGGGAGCGAAGAUGGGAUGCUGUCCUUGUUAAUCAAUAUCUCUGUGAACUUAGAGAAGCAAAGAAGCAGGGAAGGAAAGAGCGAAGACACAAGGAAGCGCAGGCCAUAUUAGCUGCUGCUACUGCUGCUGCUGCUGCUUCAUCUAGGGUUUCAUCUUUUAGGAAAGAUGUCUUUGAUGAAUCUGUUUAUCAGAAGCCACCAAAAUUGAACACAAAUAGGGCGAGGUCUGGGCUUUAUCCUCAGCUGGGGUCACGGGCAAAAGAGACACUUCCUCGGGUAGCUUUUGCAAGGGUUUCGUCAGAAAAGCACUCUAAUUUUCCUCAGUUAACAUCUGAUUUCUCCAAAGAACAUCCCAGAUCCUGUGACAUCUGCGGGCGGUCUGAGACGAUAUUGAACCCGAUAUUAAUAUGUUCUGGUUGCAAGGUUGCUGUUCAUCUAGAUUGCUAUCGAAGUGCUAAGGACUCUACGGGUCCAUGGUACUGUGAAUUAUGUGAAGAGUUGUCAAAUUUAUCUGGAGUGCCAGUUGUCAAUUCUUGGGAAAAGCCUUGUUUGGUUGCAGAAUGUGGCUUAUGUGGUGGCACUACUGGGGCUUUUAGAAAGUCGACAGAUGGUCAAUGGAUCCAUGCAUUCUGUGCUGAGUGGGUGCUUGAAUCAACAUACAGAAGGGGGCAACUUAAUCUUGUUGAUGGAAUGGAGGCUCUGACGAAGGGGAGUGAUGUUUGUUAUCUCUGCCAUCGCAAGCAUGGUGUCUGCAUAAAGUGCAACUAUGGCCACUGUCAGAGCACUUUUCAUCCUUCCUGUGCUAGAGAUGUUGGCUUAUACAUGAAUAUGAAGACAAAAAGUGGCUUGCUGAAACACAAGGCUUAUUGUGAAAAGCAUAGUGUGGAGCAGAGAGCAAAGGCUGAGACUCAAAAGCAUGGUGUUGAAGAAUUAAAGAGCCUGAAACAAAUUAGGGUUGAAUUAGAGCGAUUGCGCCUUCUUUGUGAGAGAAUAAUCAAGCGAGAAAAAUUGAAACGGGAAUUGGUUCUGUGUUCACAUGAGAUACUUGCUUCUAGAAGAGAUUCUGUUGCUUUGUCUGUGCUUGUUCAUAGCCCAUUCCUUCCACCCGAUGUUAGUUCAGAAUCAGCUACAACCUCUCUUAAAGGGCAUACUGAUGAUUACAAAUCAUGCAGUGAAGCAAUUCAAAGAUCAGAUGAUGUAACUGUGGACAGCACGGUUUCAAGUAAGCAUCGGAUUAAGCUUCCCAUUUCCAUGGACACUGACCAGAAGACAGAUGACAGCUCUGCAUCCCAACAUCUUUUUAUACGAAAACCAGAGAGGCCUCUAUUUUCUGGGAAGCAAAUCCCUCGUAGGAAUUCAUCCAUUGCAUCCCAGAAUCUUUCUGAUGAUGGAGAGAGAUGGUCAAAGCAUAGGAAGCACACAGAAACAUUUCAGAAGGAGCUGGUAAUGACAUCUGAUCAAGCAUCAAUGAAGAACCAGCGGUUACCUAAAGGGUAUGUUUAUGUUCCUAUUGGUUGCCUUCCAAAGGAGAAGCAAGUUGACCAGGAUGCACAUUCUCAUGAAACAGUGGAACAUGAUGGCUAGACCGGAUGCAUUUCCUUCAGGGAUUUUGUUUGCUGUCCCAACAGCCAGAAACCAUCUGCCCCAGACAAUUGUUUCUGCCCUGUAGCUGCCUCAGCUAGUUAGCUCCCUGAUUUACAAGCAUGAGGCUGGCAGGUGCCAAGUUAAACUCCUGGCUUGUGUAUCAUCCUUCUGAUAGGAAUGACAUUCUGGUAACUUUGAACGCAAGGAAGUUUUGGCAUCGUUGUUGUAUAUUCAUUUUAAGAGGAAGUGUACAGUGGGUGAGGGCUUGUUUCUUUACAUGAAUAUCAGCUGGUUUAGAUAGCUUUUCUCUUGUUGCUCCGCUCUCUUGUAAGGGCAAAGCAGAAGCUUUGCUUCUUGUAACUGUACACGAGAAGGUAUCACCUAAUGUGGGUGCUCUGUAAAGUUAGUGUAUAUAUUAGUACAGUAUUCUAAAGAAGUUGUGCAAGAUCAUUUAAAUUAUUUGGCCAAACACACACCAUUUUGAUUGGCCCUAUUCAGUUGUCAACCGGCUAAGGGUAUGGUUUAUGAACAGAAGUUUAUUUUUC